AUGAAUAUAAUUGGCGCUCUAUUGGUGCUACUCGCCUGCUCGCUAUGCGGCCUAAGCGCCGCGGAUUUGGGGCUGAAGCAAGCGAAUCGCUUCGAGGAGAGCAGCUACGGCAAUUCGCGCUAUCAGAUCUUUGAGGUGCACAAUCACUAUCAGGGCAAGAGCCACGCCUACUUGCCGCCCCAGCAACAUGUUGUCGCUGGUAACGAUGACAAUUUGGAUGUUUCAUUUCUGAGCUUUGGCGAUGAGCGCCAAGUGCAGGCGCAGCCCUUGCCAGCGGCACAGCCAGUGGUGCAGCCAGUGGCUCAGCCAGUGGUGCAGCCCGUGGUUCAGCCUGCGUCUGUUCCGGUGCCUUUUCCAUCCAACUAUCAGCAUGACUUCCAGCGCAAGCAGGCGCCUCAGCCAGCUGUGGCCUAUAGCACGCCAGCCUAUUUGCCGCCGACUGUUGCCACGCCCAACCUGCAACUGCAGCAGCAGCAACAGCAGCAGGCAUAUCAAUCGCCAGUUGCCACCACCUUGAACGCUGCUGCACCACAGGUAUUCGCGGAGCCAGCCACUGGCUAUCAGGCGCCUGACUAUCUGCCAGCUUCUGGCUAUCUGCCACCUGGCUACGACUUUACGAAUCCCCAAUCAGUUUCCCAGCAACAGCAACAGAUUCUAGCACCACAGCAACUGCCCCAGCAACUGCCCCAGCAACUGCCCCAGCAACUGCCUCAGCAACUGCCUCAGCCUGUGCCACAAGCAACGCUGCCUCAGGCAGCCGCACCAGCAGCUGCUUAUAAUGCUCCUGGCUACUUGCCACCUGGCUACGAUUUCAGCAAUCCCGACCAGCUGCCUUUGGAUCAGAUUAUUGAGCAACCCCAGCUGCCAGCCGUGCAGCCAGCAACAGUUGGUGAGUAUCGCACGCCAGGCUACCUGCCGCCCAGCUACGAUGCAGUCAAGUCACAGACGCAUGCGCAAGCACAGCAAACGAACAUCGUUUAUCAGGUGCCACAGCAGCAGCAGCAGCAGCAGCAACAACAGCAGCAACAGCAGCCGCUGCAGCAGCAACAACAAUUGCAGGUGCAACAGCAACAGCAACUGUCACAGUCACAGCAACUCAGCCAUCCUGGUGCUCUGCCUGAGGGCUACGACUUUACCAAGCCCGAGAACUUUGAGGCUGCCAUUGCUGAGCUGCACAGUCUGCAAACGCAAACCAAAUUGCUUAAGCAGCAGCAGCAGCAACAGCAGCAGCAGCAAUUUCAACUGCAACAGCAGCAGCAACAACAGCAACAACAAUUUCAAUUGCAACAGCAACAACGUUCAGCUGGUUCCAACAUUAUUUAUGGCGUGCCCAAGCAACAGCAGCAGCAACAGCCGGCACCCACUGUGGUGGCCGCACCACUGUCCGCACCGCCCACACAGCACACACACAUUCAUGCGCUGAGGAGCUAUAUGAAUACCGUGCAGCCGUAUGCGCGCUACGGCCAGCCACAGGCCCAGCAACAGCAGCAGCUGCAGCUGCAACUGCAGCAACGUGUGCAGCAGCAACAAGUGCAGCAGCAGCAUGUGCAGCAGCAACAAUUCGUUGAGGUGGCGCCAAUGUACCGUGAGCAAUCGAAGCGUCCGCGUUUCUAUGCCCCUGCCAUGUCCUACGCACGCACUGCGCUGCCCACGCAGUACCACCAACACCACCACCACAUCUUUCACGCCCGACGCCAGCAACAUCAGCAACAUCAGCAACAUCAGCAGUAUCAGCAGCAGCAGCAGCAGCCACUGCCUCUGCCACUGCCACGCCCCGCGCUGAAUCUGCAGGCACAGCAAUCGCUGCAAAAGUUCAUGCCGCGCGAAAUGCAAUUGGCCGUCAAUGUUGCCGUCGCUGCCGCCGCGCCCGUUGGCCGUGGCAGCUCCCGAGUGCGCACCGUGCAGAUCGUCAAGCCGCAUGAGGUGCGCACAUUCAAGGUGCUGGAAACCUUAGAUGCUGCUGGCGUGAAGACCAUCAAGAUCCUGGGCACCAGCAGCGAACAGCCGCGCGGCCAUCAUCACAUUGUCAAGGUGAUUAGCCAGGAUGCCAACAAUGUGGAGACCCAUGUGCAGACGGUCAAGAUCUACGACGACCAGCAGGAGUAUCGCCAGCAACAGCAACAGCCACAGCCACAGCAACAGCAACAGUUGCCAGCGGUGGCGCCUCGCGGCUAUUUGCCACCAACUGUGGCAAGGCCACGCGAGCGAAUUGUGCGUCAAACGCGACCGCUGCGCCUGCUGCCUGUCUCCAGGCACUGA